CUCACGCGUUCAGAACUGUGGAAGUAUGGGAUCAAACUAUAGCUGUCUAAUUCAUAACCGGCACUUGAUGAUUCGUUUGACACAUGGAAUGAAACUAAAUCUUGUUAAAGAAAGAAAAAGUAUUAAUAGAUGAUGAAAAAAUGGAAAAAAUAGCUUGCAUAAAAUGGAAAAUAAAAUGAAAACAAUAGCUUGCAUAAUGUAUUUGAUAGUCAAUGACCAAAACUAAAUCGUGUAUAAGUAAGAAAAGUGUUAAAUAUAUUAUGAAUAUUAUUUUAUGCUUUACGAAUUUACAGUAUACCCGAAUAUUUAAAAAUUCAUUUUAUGAAUUGAAAAUUCUAGAGUUCGAUAUAAUAUUCCACAAUUAUUUCAAUUAUGGUUGGCUAGAAUAGACAUAUUAAAUAUAUAAUUACUUACUUUCUGUGGGCUUUGAUAGUUAAUAUGCAUAUACUGUUUUGUCCAAUAAAAACAUUUUAACUAUAAAUGAAAUAAAACAGAUACGUGAAAUUUUACUUACACAUCUACUGUGUUUUUUUUUUGUUAUAUGUUCUACAUUAUAGAGAUGGUCACAAAUCAGAUACUAUUCGUACCCGAACAUUUAAUCCAAUUCAUGUUCCCUAAGAGUUGGAUCAAGAGAAGCUAAGCUAAAUUGAUGACUUUUAACCGUUAGGAUAGGCUGUCUGCGUCAAGAUUUACACUGUUAUUUUUUCCCUAAAUGGUAACAAAAGAAGAAUGAUAUGAAAUAAUAUAUUAACAUAUGUUAAUAAUUAAUUAGAAGUGGCAAAACACUUUCUACCUGUUACAUCAGCUUUUGUCGUUUCGUUAUGAAACAACUUGGCUAUUUCAUAAUUAUUAGUUUGUCUUUUUUUUCCAUCAAUUAUUAGUGUGUCCAAACCUUUUCGUUAUGAUUAAUCAACAUCAAUACAAUUAUUUACAAAAUAAUUUUUUUCAUUCGAAUUUUCACGUUAAAAAUUAAAACCGCUAAAACAGAAAUAAACCCCUGGUUGCUUGCUUACCAAGCCAUCCUGGCAAGCUCCUCCAGUUCGAUUAUUAUUCUUGACUUGACUUUGUAUAAAAACUAGUCACUAUUAAAAUAAAAAAUGAUCGAUUAUCUAUCCAAAAAGAUAGAGAGUCCCACAUACGAGAAAAUAUCACAAAUAGAGUUGAACCAAGUAAUAUUGCAAAGACAUAAUGAUGGUAAGGUCGGGAUAUCCCCGUCCUAAUCAAUUAUACCAUGAAUGAAUUUUUAUAUAUAACUUAAAAUAAAUUUAUAUUAAUAAUAUCAUUUUAAAAAAAAUAGAAUAAUUCUCAUAUAUUAUGUUCUUAUCUUGAAUUAAUAUUUUUCUAUUUAUAAAUUUAAAAAUUAAAAUGUAAAACAAUUCAUAAUUAAAUAUAUUAACAAUUUAUAAUUAAAUUAAUGUUAUCUUGAAAUAAUAUUUUCUAUUAUAAAAAUCAAAAAAUAAAAAAUAAAAUAAUUUGUAAUUAAAUAUUAAUCAAGUAAAAACAUUUGUAUACAAAUAUUUUCUAAAUAUUUUUAAGAUGUAAGUGUUUUAAAUUUCAGCACAAUAAUAGACCUAUAUAUUUUAAUGAAACAUUUUUGGCAAAUUAAUGUUAUCUUGAAAUAAUAUUUUCUAUUAUAAAAAUUUAAAAAUACAGUAUAAAACAAUUUAUAAUUAAAUAUUAAACAAGUAAAAACAUUUGUAUAAAGAUAUUUUCUAAAUAUUUUUAAGAUGUAAGUGUUUUAAAUUUCAGCACAAUAAUAAAUAUAUAUAUUUUGAUGAAACAUUUUGUCAUAUAUAAAUAAUUUGAUCUCUGAUUUAAAUUUUUUGAAAACAUAAAUAAUAACUUAUCAUGAGAAUUAAUAAAACGUAAAUAAAUAUUUGUAAUAAAAUUAUAUCCGCAUGGGAGAAGAUUUUCGUCUUCUUGAACGAGUUAAAUACAGAAAGAUCAAAAAUGAUUAAGACAGAAAAAUGAGUAUGUUGUGUGAUUACAAGUAUGACUUUGGUUAUCGUGAUUACUAUUUGUCGUCUGACUAAACAUAGUUUUUACUUGUUUUAGAACGAAAGUCACCAAAUUCAAAUAUUACUUCCUGUUCGUGAAGUGACAAAUUGACGAAAGGACAUCGUGGUUUUAUAAUUUUUUUCUUUAUCAAUUACAAAAUCGUAAGUAAAUUUAUUCUAUUGUUAUUCAGUUCUAAUGAUAAACAUGUUUUUUUCAAAUUUACCAACUAGGUUAAUUUUUUAUUUGUAAGAUUUAUAUUAUCGUAUACUAUUUGGUAUUAUGUGGGUGAAAAGGUAUUUUGUUUGCCAUGUCAAUUUUAGGUGCCUUCUAAAAAAAAAAAAAAUAGGGGGUGUUAUUGCCUAGUGGAAUUGGAAUUUUAGACAAAAAAUAUAUUGGGUCUUAUUUAACAGGAAACCCGGAGUGACAUUUCCCAUAAUGCGAACCGGGACCUACAAAGGUGUGCCAAGACAAUAUUUGCAUAGUCCAUAUGGUAUUAUAUAUUUGUCUAAUCACACAUUGAAAAACAUGUUCACAAAAUGAAAAUGAAAUGGCCGCACGCAAAUAUAGAAUGAAAAGCAUGAUGACAUUUAUAAUGUUAAAGAAGAGUGUAGAGAUAAAGUUAUGUGGACAAAAGAAAAAUUCAAAGAAAAAAAAUGAGAGACAAAGCAGAUGUUAAGAACAGGAGUUUUGCUACAUUCACAUUAAAGCUUCCUUCAUAAUAAUACCAAGUCUGCUCUCAUUACAUUCUCCCCCUUUUUGUCAUCUUGAUACCUUAUCCUCCCGCUUAUCUUUGCUUUGUUCACAUCACAAUUCAUAUAAAAAUAACCCAAAACAAAUCACAGUAAUUUUUUAGGAUUAGAAGCUAUGUAAAUAUUGUAUAUUUUACACUAUAAACAAUUCUACUAAUUUCAGAAUACAAGUAAUAAACUAAGAAUUCAAUAUUUGUUCCACUCGGCCAUAGAAAGUUCAAAUCUACUAAGAAUUGUUUUCAAUGUAUUAUUCUAUUUUUAUUUCAAAUUGAAUAAUUAAAAAUAGAAUUAAUUUUUCCUUGAAUUUAGUUAAAAAUAGAACGUAGAAUACAAAAAAAAUUGAUGAAUAUAAUUAUUCUAUUUUGGAGCUAGAAAUGAAAUAAAAUUAGAGAAAAUUGCUUUAGCUGUUGAGGCUAAGAAAGGAAUUGAUAAAUGGAGUGAUGGCCUAAGAUGUAGCAAACUAGGGCUGGAGAGUUUUGGAAUACAGAUGGGCCGAUAAUGGCCUGUUUCAUACAUCAAUCUUCACUAUGCUCAACAAGAGAAUUUGCCACUACAGAAGAGAAAUAGAAGCCUAACCACACUUGAAAUCAACAAAUCAAACACACAAGCUAAAUUACAUUUUUUGUUUUUUCUUUUUGUAGAAAACCAGAACAUCAUAUAAGAACAAACAACUAUCUCUUCUCUUUUUAGUUCCAUAAAUUUUCAUGUUUACCACUUUGUUGGUAUAAUUAUUUAUGUUUACCACUACUAAAGAGAUAUUUUCAAAAAUACAUUUUUUCACUAACGGGGAAUUUUUAUGUUUACUAUUUUCAGGCUACCACUUUUCAUAUUUACCAUCAUUAAAGAGACAUUUUUAAAAGUACAUUUUCAUUAAGUGGCAAAAGACUUUUAUAUCCUUGCUAUUUAUAUGUAUAAUAAAUCAUUAUUAAAAAAAUAAAAAUAAAAUAAAAAUAAAAUAAAAAAUAUAAUUUUUUUUUAUGUUUUCGAAUUAUACUUUUUUAAAUUCUAAAUUUUUAAUAAACUUUUUUUUAAUUCUUUUUUUUUCAAAAACUUUUUUUUUUAUUUUAUUUUUCAAAUUUCUUUUUGAAAAUCGAAAAUUAUGUUUGAAACUAUUUUUUCAAACUAUUUUUUAAAAAAAAUUAUAUUUUUUAAACAUUUAUUUAUAUUAGAAUCUUAAAUUUCACAUUCCAAAAACCCUACCCCACCCCUCAACUCUAAACCCUAAGUCUGGAUUAGUUAACCCUAAGAGUAUAAGUGUCGUUUACCCUUCACUAAAAGUGAUGGUAAAAGUGGUUAGUGUAAACAUGAAAAGUGGUACUAUGAAUAUGCUAUUUGUAGCAAUUUUUCACUAAAAAUGAGGAUACAAAUAGUUAGUGUAAACAUGAAAAGUAAUACUAUAAAUGUGGUAUUUUUGGCAAUUUCUCUCUUAGUUUUCACUUUUUUGUCUUUAAUUCCUUUGCUUUAAGCAAAAUGCACUGAGUAUCACGUGUAGACAAGUUCGAUCCAUAGUUUUUAACCACUACCAUAAUCACGUCCGAGUGGUCCAAACUUAUUUCGGAUUAAGACAUCUCUCUUCUUUAUGUUUUUCUGUCUUCUUUGUUCUGUAGAUGAUGAUGUUCACUGGUGGCCAGUUACAUAUAAUCUAAAAGAAAGGAAAGCAACUUAUACAAAAAAAAGAAGCAAAUGGGACAAUGUUAUAACAAGAAGUAGGAGAUCGAACCUAAACGGGUAUUCCAUAAACCCUAGCUAGCUAAUAGACUGCUUACCACAAUGAGCACAAGAGUGUGAAUAUACAAUGCUCACUGUAUGAUGAUCUUUCAUAGUCUAAACGAACGAAAGCUACGCAACAAUCACCAAGAAGAUACACAAUCGAUUUCAGAAAUCAGCUCAAAACCCUAAGAUUAACAAAGCUACUCUCGAUCCCCGAUCAAAUCAGCAUAAUCUAACAUAAAUCAAUCAAACGUCGAGUCCUUUGAUGAUGACGUAGUAACCCUGACGCUUCUCUUCGUCUAAGCCCUGGCUCUUCUUCUUCCUCUUCUCCGAUCUAUUAGCUAGCUGGUUUAACGGAUUUGAGGAAGUGAGAGCGGGAAAUCAAGUGAAUCUCGUCGCUGAGUUUGUCGUGUAGAUCCUCAACAACUGCUUUAAAUCUCUUGUGAAUACUAUUAGUGAAAUAUUAGAAUAUUCUCUUGUAUAUUUUUGAAUAUACCUAGUAUUCUGUUGUAAAGAUCUCGUAGAUCACGUCACUAGUCAGCCUUUAUAAGGCGGAAUUUUACCAACUUUCAGAUACCUCCAUUUAUCUCCCUCUCUCUCAGAGUUCUUCGUGUUCUUCCCACAAACCCUAGAACGGCGAUGUCUUUGUUUUGUCCAGUUUCAGUGGCCACUCUUCCUUUCCGUCCGGCUAGAUCUCCGGCCGCGAGUCUCCAAACUGGUGCCCAGAGAGUGACUUUUGGUCGUAGCCAUCAGUUCAGCCGCCUCAUUUCAUUCUCGAGCACUUCGGCGCUUACACCCUCCUCGAAUCUGGUUAGCCUCCUCGAAUCUGAGAUCGAAAGCUCCGUUAUUAACGAAGACGCUCCUGACAAUGACGAGUUGCCAGAAUGGUUUCCUUUCCAAAUGAUUGAUCGUCCAACUGAACGAGUUCUGCAUCUGACUAGGAAGUUUGGGGAUGAAACCAUUCUUGUCCUAAUUGACCGACCAAAGGUUCCUCAAGAUGAUGAAGAACUAGUAUUUGGGAUCCCCAUGGGUGUCUAUGUGUCGAAAGAUGAUGAUGGUCUCCGUCUCAAGUUUGGAGUCAAAGCUUUCGCCGAUGAGAUUGUCAUUGACAGUGUAGCUGUCCAACAACGCCCAGAAUCUAAGUGGUCCUACCAAGGACCUGACAUUGAUGACUUGGAUGAGAAUUUGCAGAAGGCUUUCAACAAGUUUUUGGAGAUCAGAGGGAUCAAUCCCACCAUCACUGACUUUUUGGCAGAUUAUUUGGCCAACAAAGACAAGAGAGAGCAUCUUCGAUGGCUCAAGGAUGUCAAGUCUUUUGUUGACAUCUGAAAACUCUCAAAUAAGAGUGAAACUUCUAAGUGAGUUUUAUGUUUUAUGAACUUGUUAUCACCAUUAUCAAUAAUUGUUGAUUUUGGUCAUAUUAUUCAGACUUUAUGUAAUAUCCGAAGCAUCAAACCAUUUCAUUUAGCAUCAUUUACGACCACCCACCGUUAAUGUAUCAGUUUGAUUUUGCUUAUUAUUCAUAGUUUAAGUAAGAUCCGAAGCACCAAAAUAUAUCUUGGGAGUAGGGACCGUAGGGUAGGGUAGGGUAGAGAUAAUACCGACUUACUAUUAUUAUUGAACAGAACAUUAGUUAUGUAUAAAAGUAGUGAAAAUGUACUUAUCUUUUUUUACUAGACUUUUUCUUAUUUUCCAUUUUCUUUGAACUGGAUCUCUAGUUCUGAAAAUGUGAUUCAACUCCAUAAGACAAACAAACUUCAAUAAAUAUUGUAGAAAUGCUACGUGGAAUACAAAGGAAUACAACAGAAACAUCAUACUCUCUCUGUUUUUAAAAGAUGCAUAUUCUACACUUUUCACAUAUAUUAAGAAAACUCAUUAAAUAUGCAUUGUUUUUUGUGAAUAACAUUUUUCCAUAACUUUAAGCCAAUAAAAAUUUAAUAAACACCAUUAAUUUUUUUGAAACUUACAAUUUUUCAUAAAAUCAUACAUUGAAAAAGUAAAAAAUUUAUCUUUUUAAAACAAAAUUUUUUUCCAGAACAUACAUUUUUUAGGAACGGAGGGAAUAAGAUCUAAGAAAAAGGAAUACAAAUAUGCACGCACAGAAUGCAUAAGGUAUGCCGUAUGCGUCCAUUGCACUUGAGUCUUCUUCAGAACCGGGUCAGAGCACACCCGCCCCAGAAACUUUAUAAGGUAUUUCUGCCACGGACUAUGCACGUGAUUUUUUUUCCAGCAAAUACGAUGAAAUUUAGGCAUUUCGUAAUUCAUUUCGGUUUUGUUUGAAAUUUUUUUCCAGUUUUCAGAUAUUUAGGGUGGAGAUUUAUUUAAAAAAAAAACUGCAAAAGUAUUUUAAUUUUUUUUCUGGUUUGAUUUAAUUUUGUUGAAAAAAAAAGUUUGAAUUAAUUUUUUCAGUUUAUCCCUUAGCUUUUUUCCUUUUUCUAUUUCUUUUUGUCGAUUCUUCGUAUGCUUAAAUAAGUUUUUGAUUGGUGGAAUGCUAUUCUACAAAAUACUCUGUUCAAUGGUAUCUGAUUUACAUAAAAAAUAUCAAAUACAUCAUUUAUUCUAUUGGAAAAGAUCAAAUACAUACAUUUUUUUUUCUCUUGUGUCAUUUGGAAUAUUAUGCUGAGACUGUCGAUUAAGACAUAACCAAUGUCGAGUUGGUCCACUGUUAGUAUGAACUGUUUAUAAUGUUUAGGUUCCGGAUAAAAAUUGAGGUAUACCUUUUUUCAUGGAAUGAUAUUUUUGUUUGAUUGUCUGCUGCAUACCCGAAUAAAAUGAGAAAAUUGGCAAUAUUACAUGGGUGAUAGGCUACUACUACAUACAAAAUAUGGGAGGAGAGAAACAAGCAUCUUUAUGAUUAGGGUUGGGCAUUUUACCCGUUACCCGAAUUUGAAUCCAAACCCAAGCCGAAAUCCGAACCGAAAUAGCAAAAUACUUAAACGGAUAAUGAGUAAAAGAGAUUUGAUAUCCGGAUCCAAACGAGUAAUAUAUAUCCUAAAAUAAUCAAAGAUAUGUAUAGUUAACCCUAUAUUUCUAAUUUACGUAUUUUAUUUUAUUCAAAAUAUCUAUAUUGAUGAUAUACAUAGCUCAAAAUCAUAUACUAUACAUAGUUGCGAAUAAAGUGAUUUUGUAUUCAUUUAAAAUGCAUUUCAAGCGUAUUAUUUUAUGCAAAAAAAAACAUCUAAAUUCUCAAAAGAACAACUAAAUUAGUGUUUUUCUAUUGCAAAAUUUUUGUUUUCGAACCUAUUAAUCGUUCAACCUAUUAAAUUUUAAAAUAAAUCAAUUAAACUAGCUGUAAAAUUUUAAGUAAAAGAAACUUGAGUAAUAGAAAAACUUUGAAAAUAAUUUGAUUUUUUUUAUUUUUGAGACUAUAUUUUGGAAAUUUCAUUUAAAAAAUCGUUUAUAUAGUACUUGUUUAUUUCAUAUUAAAUAUUACUAAAAUAUUUAUGUAUUUAGAUAUUUAUUUGAUUUUUUGCUAUUUGGUUUGGUUUGAAUAUUUCAAAUAUAAAGAAAUAUGAAUCACUCGAAUAUUAAUAUUUUUGUGGUUCCACUCAGUUUUUUUUUUGUUUCCUUUAGUUCUUCGUUUUGGUUAAAACGCCCCUACCUACCACGUAUUAGUUUUUUUUUAUCUUGCAAGCUAAUGACACGUCCUCUUGAAGUUUGAUAACUGUUUCUUUGUGUCUAAUGUCGUUCAAUGAGGCCCUAAGGUAUCAUCAUCCGCGUUGGUCUCUCACCUCACCCAUGCAUUGAUGGGUCACUGUCGCGCAAACAACCAAACUACUACCACCAUCCGUGGAAAUAUCUUCCGUUUUUCUUAUUUAAACUACAGAAAAAAGAUAAAAUAUGCAAAUAAGAGGAUCGAAGUUGAGCAAAAAAAAAAGAAGAAGAUCAAAGAUCGAAUAACUCUGAAAGAUGACGUUUACCAAAAA